AUGAGUAUGCGCAGGAUUUUACGACACUUAAGCGAAAGACGGCCGAGGAUCAACCGAAGUCGAACCCAGUCUUGGCCGCACGAYAACAUCCUUCGAAAGAGCUCAGUUCCUACCUARCUGGAGACAAUUCCCGAGACAAACUUCGGAAAUGAUUUGGCGAUUGAAGUUGACAAUAGCAAUGUCCCACAUUGGAGAGCUAUUGAAAAGUUUCAAGAUGUAAAAAUUUGCUCUUUGAUUGKUGAAAUAUUGAAAGCAUACCUUGGACAGUUUGAUUAUUACGAUCACAGUCUCAGRAGUCGUUUGGGAGUAAUGUUGUCUGAUCUUAUACGAGCUAAAGUGUGUGCUUUAUGUGGUGAUGGUUGGAAAGUUGUAGCUAAUGUGUACAUUGGAGCAGUAAGUGAUCAUGGUCUAGCAGUCGCCAGCCAGUGCUUUUGGAUUCCCGAAUGUGACAAGUUUGGAAGUGCAAACUUUGAAAACAAUUUUCUUUUUGCUUUUGUUGUUGUAUUUGCUGUGUUUUGUGGAAAAAGUGAAAGAGAUGAGGAAAAGUAA